GCCAAAUUUCCCGCCCAAACCAUUCCACCUAAUUAGAUUAGGAAUUUCUUCAAUAUAUUGGGUAUACUCGUUCAACAAAAACCCUAGAAUUUACUCUUCGACUAAGAGUAAGACUAAUUCCUCCAAAACAAAUUAGCGAUGGUGUUUGACCUAGUUCGUAUGGAUGUGAAGCUGCACGCCGUUCUCGACCCGUCGUCGGCCGAAGAAGCUCACUGGUCCUUGCGCCACCGCUUCCAAGGACAGAUCGAAGGCAGCAUCAAGAAACUCCAAGCGGAGCGCAAGCAAGCCGCCGAAGAGGAUGAUGAGAAGUUGGGUGUUGGUAACAUUUUGGCCAGAAACCUUGCCGAAGAAUUUGAAGCGGUGGCGGUGGAGAGUGGUUUGGGGGAAAGCAGGGGAAGUCCGAUUUGGAAUGAUGGAUCGAAGGGUAGAAGAAUUGCAGAGAAGGGUAGUUCAAGUCGGACCGAAUGUUCAUCUUUCGUAGUGACCCCAUCCCCGCCUCAUGCUCCAAUCAUCACAAAUCGGAUGCGAUUCAUGGAUGGUGAAGACCGUUAUGAGGAUUUGGGUGUUGGAAGAAGAUUGUCGACGAUGCUUGACGCUGAAUUCAAACAGGUGGAGAGUAGUUUGGGGAAAAACAGGGGAAUUCCAUUGAUGAUCAAAAAAUUGAAUGUACAAAGUUCAAGAAUUGGAGCAUGUGGUACUCCAACAUGGGAAAAGCGGGGUUCGAUUAGGGCAUUCAGAUGAAUUUUCUUUGUUUUUUAUACUUUACAUAUACACGGUUUUCCAUUUUGAUUUUAUCUAUAGUUUACGUUCCGCAAUUCCUG